UGAGAAAUGGCGAAUGAGUACAAGAAAAUUAUUCUCCUGAAGGGAUUGGAAUGUGUCAGUGACUAUGAUUUUAGGACAAUUAAGUCCGUAUUAGGCAAGGAACUAAAACUAACGAAAAAAAUGCAAGAAGAUUAUGACAGGAUUAAGAUUGCCGACUUAAUAGAAGACAAGUUCCCAAAUGAUGCUGGAGUGGACAAACUGAUAGAAGUGUGCAAAGAUAUUCCAACAGUUGGUGACCUUGCUGAAACACUUAAAAAAGAGAAGGCAAAAGUUAAAAAGAGAGGAAGACAAAGCAGUGAUACUACAGUGAAAAGACGCAGGGAGGAUGAACCCAGUACUUCCCGGCCUACGCCCACCAUAAAUGAAGAUUUGAAACAAAAAGUAACCAGGAAUGCACCUUCCACACAGGCUUCUCAGGUACCUGUAGCAACAGUGUUCAGCAGUGUCCGGCGCCCUGAGGUACCUCUAACAACAGUGUCCAGCAGUUUCCGGGCUCGUCAGUUGCCCCCAGCAACAGCAUCCAGCAGGAUGCAGGUCCCUCAAGUGCCUAGAGCAACUGUGCGCACCAAUGUCCAGCCCACUCCAGUGUCGCCAGCAUCAACCUCAAACAGUGUCCAGACCCCUAGAGUGUCUCCAGCAUCCUCUUCAAACAGAUUAGAACGUAUGAAUCAUUAUAAUUUUAGAGCGGUUAAGUCCCUAAUGGCCCAAGAACUAAAACUGAGUAACACAAUGCAAGAUGAUUAUGACAGAAUUAAGACAAAUUCUGAACUGAUGCUGGGUUGA